AUGGGAUGGCCUUACGUAGGAGAAACCUUUCAACUUUACUCCCAAAACCCAAAUCUUUUCUUUGCUUCCAAAGUCAAAAAGUAUGGUUCUAUAUUCAAGACUCACAUAUUGGGGUGUCCUUGUGUGAUGAUUUCGAGUCCCGAAGCUGCAAAACUUGUGCUUGUCACCAAAUCAAAUCUCUUCAAGCCCACAUUCCCUGCAAGCAAAGAGAGAAUGUUAGGCAAACAGGCUAUUUUCUUUCAUCAGGGCGAGUAUCAUGCCAAACUCCGCAAGCUAGUUCUUAGCGCAUUCAUGCCUGAAUCGAUCAAAAACAUUGUACCAGAUAUUGAGUCCAUUGCAAUUAGCUCCCUCAAAUCAUGGGAAGGAAAAUUGAUCACUACAUUUCAAGAAAUGAAAACAUACACUUUCAAUGUGGCUCUACUGUCCAUAUUUGGAAAGGAUGAAGUUUUGUACAGAGAAGACCUCAAGAGAUGCUAUUACAAUCUCGAAAAAGGGUACAAUUCAAUGCCGAUUAACACUCCGGGAACAUUGUUUUAUAAAGCCAUGAAAGCCAGGAAGGAAUUGGCACAAAUCUUGGCCAAAAUCAUGUCCCUUCGCAGGCAAACGAAACAAGAUUAUAACAAUUUGCUCGGAUCAUUUAUGUGCGAUCACGAACGACUUACCGAUGAACAAAUUGCCGACAACAUCAUUGGCGUCAUUUUUGCUGCAAGAGACACCACUGCUAGUGUUCUGACAUGGAUUAUCAAGUACCUAGCAGAAAAUCCAAGCGUUCUACAAUCUGUCACUGAAGAACAAGAAGCAAUAAAUAAGUCUAAAGAGGAAUCUGGUGAAGAGAAGGUACUGACUUGGGCAGAUACCAAGAAAAUGCCAAUUACCACAAGGGUGAUUCAAGAAACACUCAGAGUUGCAUCUAUUCUAUCUUUUACUUUCAGAGAAGCUGUUCAAGAUGUCGAAUUUAACGGCUAUUUGAUACCAAAAGGAUGGAAAGUUUUACCACUCUUUAGAAACAUUCACCACAGCCCAGAAAAUUUCAGAGACCCUGAGAAGUUUGAUCCUUCAAGAUUUGAGGUUGCUCCAAAGCCCAAUACAUUUAUGCCAUUUGGCAAUGGGAUCCACUCCUGUCCAGGAAAUGAAUUAGCCAAGACUGAGAUUUUGGUCCUUGUACAUCACCUGACCACAAAUUACAGGUGGUCUAUGGUGGGCCCACAAAAUGAGAUUCAGUAUGCACCCUUUGCUCUUCCCCAGAAUGGUUUGCCCAUUAAACUCUCUCUCAAAAAGUAG